AUGUACAAGAAAUUCUAUAAAAAAUUUAAAAUAUAACUUCAUAAUCAAUUUACAAAAAAAGAUGCAAAUUAAACAGUUUAAAAUAGUCAAAAUUUUAAAUAAAAAGAAAUAUUUUUUAAAAUUACUGCUUCAUAUUUGAUAUUAUAAUAAAAGCUUUAAGAAAUAAAAAAGAAAUUUAUGUCAAAUUUAAUUACUUCGUUGAUGGAAUGCCCCUAUACAUUUGUCCACAAAAUCUCUUAGAGAAAAUAACUAAAAUAAAAUUAAAAUUAAAAUUGA